AUUGACAUUCACUUCACAUAAAUUCACUCACUUCGCCGUCAAGCCGAUAGCUGAUUUAAUUUGUUGCUGAUUUUGCCGACUUUUUUGGGAGCGUCUUCUGCAUUUUACUUUUGGAAUCUGUAAAAUAUUCCAAAUCCAUUUAUUAUUUCCAAGCCUUCAAGUAUGCGGCCGUUUCAUCAGAAUUCUAUGGCCGGGAGAAGCGGUGGCAGUGGUCCAAUGUCGGAACACUUACGUGACCUGGAUCUCGAGUUAGAGCUUCUGAAACGCAAACGUGAGAUGAUCGAGAAACAACAAAGCUUGCUGAACCAGCAGCAAGCCUUUAACAGACAGAGCUAUAAUUAUGACCAACCUCAGUCAUACAGAAACCAGCAAUACGAGGAUGGUCCACAGUUCUCCAGCAUCUCUCGGGGAUUCUCUGGAUCCAGUAGAGACUUUUCCGUCUCCGCUUUCUCCAAUCUUUACGACGAGCCCCAACCAUCGCGCGACCGCUUUCCCAAGCAGUCCGCCAAAAAGCGCCUCGGAGAUUACGUGUGGCCCGAAUCACCGGCCAAACGUCAAUCCUUCAAUCCGUCGCCGAUUGGCAUAUUAACAAAAUAUGUGCCCCAUUCAGAAAGGUCAGGCUUUGUGUCCAAAAAUAAGGCUAGCAAGCCUAGGCCCAGUCAGCGGUUUAAAGAUGAACCUCAGAAACCUAGACCUAACGAUUUCAAGCCGAAUAAAGUGACCAAACCUUAUAAAACGGCUAAUGCAAACGUUCCACACGCCACAAACGCCCCUAAGAAAGACGUUGGCGACACGAUUCUUUACCCCGACCGGGUCCCAACGCAGCAAAUGGCCGGCCGCCUGGAGUUGGCUCUAGGCAAUAUCCUCAAGUCCGUGAAGGAUAAAUAUGGGAAAAUCCCGGAAUACGCUCACUGUUUCACAGAAAGCGCCCUUAGACAAGUGAAACAGUCGAUUCGUGAGCGUAUACGAGAGGUCAUGCUCGGCAAACCAGUCGGCGGGAUUCAACAAAUUAUGAAGGAAUACCGCAUUAAGUAUCCCGUCGAAACAGAUGAGGACUUUGUGCAAAUAAGCAUCAAGAAAGACUUUUCUGUGAGCAAGGCCAGAAACACCAAAUUUACUUUAGCUUCAGCUACAGCGAUCGUGAAUCCAUUCGCUUACUUCAAGAGGAAUUAUACUCGAUUGUUGUCCGUGACGCUGAAUAAAAUGUUUAACAAGCUUGAAGCUAUUGCUAGAGAGGAGAGUGAAAAAAUCUUGGAAGCGCAAUCCAAAGAAGACAAUACUAAAACAAGUGCUGAAACCGCGAAUGCCAAAAACGUAACUGAAGAGAUUAAAGAAGAGUCUAAAGUUGAUAAACCAAAAGAAAUUCAGGACUCUAAUGAAAAUGCAGAAAACUGUAAUGAAAAUUCCGGAAGCAUUAAUGAAAAUGCCGCAAGCUCUAAUGAAAUUACUGUACGUUCUAAUGAAAUAGCCGAAAACUCUAGUGAAAAUGCUGAUACCACUUAUGAAAAUGACGAGAUUGUUAAUGAAAAUACAGAAGCCCUUAAAAAGGAAGCCGAGAAUACGAUAGAUGAUACUAAAACACCUACAGUUGAAGAUAAACCAAGGAAAACCAAAAAUACUGAAAAUCAAUAUGAGUUUGAUAAAAGUUCAGAAGAGUUUUUACGACAAAAGUUCGACACCAUGAUGGAUGAGUUGAUGCCGAAAAAGCUUGCUUUUUGGAUGCCCAAAAUGAAGUCGCAAAUAUUAAAAGUAUUGUCACACGACAUUGAAUUUGAAAAGAUGAAACAGACUAUUAUUAAUGAGACUAACCAACUAAUGAGCGUGUCCAGUGUGCCCGAAGAGCCAGUUUCUGAUGUCGGCGUGGUAGAAGAGAACAAGAAAAACAAACUCGACUAUCACGUUAAGAUCCAAGGCCGUCCAUCGCUCCCAAAGAAGAGCCUGAUGACGGAAUUCCUCAAGAAAUUCAACCCGAAGUUGAUCAAGAAGAUCAAGAACGUGAGGAACCUGCUGUAUGUUGGCUUCGACAAUAAGGAAGACUUUGAUCGGAUUGUGGCUGCGAAUGGGACCAUUAUUGGAACGGACAAGAUCAUCGUCAAAAUAAGUACAUGGGUGUCAAGUAAGAAAGAAAAUACAGAUACUCCUAAUACAUCAACCCUCUCAGAUCAUGACGUUACUAUGAAGGAUUUAGAUAAUAGUGGUCUUGUAAAAGACAUAGACAGCACUACAGUGAAUAAUGGCAACACUAUGAAAGAAGAUAAUGACAACACCAUAAAAGAGCAUAAUGAAAACACUAUAAAAGAAGAUGCUGAAAACACUAUGAAAGAUUCUGACGAAAAUCAAGUUGAACUGAAUGAUGUACUUGAACACCAAAUAGAUGAACUGCUCUCUUCUGUAAGAAAUGAAGACCGCAGUUUUGAAGAAAGUAAUGAGGCAGUUGCUGAUGAAGAGAAAGGUGACGCGAAUGUACAAGCUGCAAACGAUGUUAUGACUGAAGAUAAACCUCAGGAAAGGAAUUUAAGCGAAGUAAAACAAGAAAGCAAUGAAGGUGAAAAGGGCAAUGUGGUCACAGAAAACACUGAGGGUGAUGAAGGGAAAGAUAAAGUGGGAGAACUAAAGAAUGAAGUUAAAGAAAAUCCUAAGACUCCAGUCAGGGCGUCUUCAAGACUAGCAAACGCUCCUGCUACUCCAAGCUCUAUUAGAACCAGAAGAGCAAGCAGACUUGCGCAAAAUUAAUUCCAUAUUUUAUACUACCCUAUGAAAUGAAAUACAUAGAUUAUAGUGUUAUAUAGUUUAUACUUUAAUCUUUUAAAUAUAAUAAUAUUAUGAAAUAAGCAACAUGAAGUGUGAGUUUUUUGUUAGAUCUUGAUAAGGGUAUCAUCAAUUGAGUAUUGGUGAAGUUUUACU